AUGGAGUCUUCCAGCACGCGGCGAGACACCGUGCCCGGCACGGAUGUUCACGAUCAUCGCUUCAAAAUCUACAAGAUCCAGUUUUGCCGGUUCGCGCUCGCGGGACGAUGCAGACGCGGCAGCUCGUGCACCUUUGCGCACUCGCUCGAAGACUUGCGCGUUCGGCCGCUCAUGAAGAAGACGAAAAUCUGCGCUGCCUGGAGGAAGAAGGCAUGCCCCUUCGACGAUGAGUCUUGCAAAUUCGCGCACGGCGCGGGGGACCUUCAAAAGGGGAAGCCUGCGCUUUGCGAGUUGUUCCGGGCUGGAAAGUGCCACAAAGGAGCCCAGUGUCGCUUUGCGCACCAUGUGGACGAAAUUAGCACAGAUUUUGCUCCGCAUACAGCCGACGCUUUGCAGCGGGCGCUGCCGAAGAAUCUGACCGAUCCGCCGCUCCUGAAGCGUCUGCUGUUUCCGCGCACGCCGAACUCGAGGUCUCCGGUUUCUGCUGAAGAUGGCCUCUGUGCCCGUCUGGGGCGCGAGCCGGAGAGCGGCCGGGGCCUCCUGGGAGCUUCCGAAGACCGCGAAAAGAGAGGCGACGAGCGCGGGAAGGGCGUUUGUGGGGCGUCUCUGUCUCUCGAGGCAGAGCGGCUGCGAGAUCGCUCGCUCCUUUCUUCGGGCCUCGGGCCUGGGGCGGGUCACGGCAGGAACCGGCUUCCCCUGGUCUGCGAUUCAGAAGGGAAAGAACUCCGAGAUAGAACGACAGAGACUCAGAGCGGGGACCCAGAUCCGCGCCUCGCCCCGUCUCCCUGCUCUUUUCGGUCUUCCCGGUCGUGCUCUUUCGGCUUUUCUUCUCCGGCUUCAAAACGAAGAGCGAAGCUCGCGCGCGGGGCCCGCGGGACGCGCGGGGCGCGUGCGGCGAGCUUCGAGAAUACAGGCCCCGGCGCCGGGAUCCUCGCCUGCUCUUCUGCUCCCUCGCUGCCUCUGCUGAUGGAGAUGUCGCCCUCGCCGGUUUCGCUUCUCGCGAAUCCGUAUGCGCCCACCUGCGACAAAGGCGACGACCGCGAAGCGGAGUCUCGAGGCGAAGAUCAAGAUCCUUUUCCUUUUCCUGGCCCUUUGUCAGCCCCGCAGGUUGCCGACCCCUGCGAGAAGCGCGGGGCGCUGCUGGACAAUCCGGCUCCGCUCCACACGCAUCCCUCGCCCCCAUUCGCUUCCGUCUCCUGUCCCUUGCCGAGGCGAGACCCCAGGAAGAGCGAAGGCGAGAAAGGCUUGUCUGCUCUGCGGCCCGACGAAGCCUCGGCCUCCGCGGGGCUGAAGGCACACAGUCCGAAAGGACGUUCUGCGUCUUCUGAAGCAGCUGGAGAGACACAGGGGACGCGGCCCUCUUCUGCUUCGCCUCCGUCCAUCUCGGCUCCGGGAUUCUUUCUCUCGCGCUCUUCCAAGGGCGCGCCGCCCGCUUACGACGGGACUACCUGGCCUCUCCCUCCGCAGGCUGUAUGGACACCCGCCCAGGACCGGCCCUUGCCCCCCGCUGCCUCGUUCCCGGCUUGUCCACCACCAGCCCCUCCCCACGUCUUUGCUCAGGUCGGCUCCGACUGCGCGCCUCCACUAUCUGCAACGCACCGGCCGGGUCCGCCUGCGCCUCCCCACUCGACAGGACAGGCCGCGAGGGCGUCUCUGGGCGACGCAGACAUGGACUCUGCCUUUUCGCCUUUGUCCGCUUCUUCCAAGAAGGCCCAGUCUUCGCCCCGCAAGAAAAGGGCUGAGGGUCUGGGUUGCGGCAGAGACCCGAGCGGCCACGGGGAUCUUUCCGCCUCUUCCCGCGCGCCUCUCCCUCCCCCGUCUGCUGCCUCGCCUCUCGCUGCGUUCCCGUCCUUUCCUUCGUCUCUGCCGCCGUCGGCGGCUGUCUCCCUACCCUCGCGCAGGCCGGGGCGCGGGCUCGUCCCCGACGCGAGUUCGAGAGCCGCUGAGGGUGCGGUGUACGGACACCCCGUGCUCUCUUCGGUCGCGUUCCAGGCGCCAGGCGCGUCUCCGAAAGGAACAGCGUGCACCCAUCCGCAGCCCGCCUUUGUGCACCCACAGCCGCGUUCACCGGGUUCCAAGAAGGAAAAGGAAGAAAGGAAGAUUUCGCACGCGUCGAGCCCUGCCGAUCCAGACGCACCUCUGUACGGCGGCAAGAACGUGACUGGCAACUCGCCUCCCCAGCCGCGAGGUCCCCUCGAAGGCGUUCCUUCUCCGUCCCGCACUUCCUUCUCUCCCUGCUCGCCUGCGUCGCCGAUGAUCUGCUUCGGGUCGGGAACCACUCGCAUCCUGCCCCCGACUUCUCCCGCCCCGUACAGUGGCGCCUCUGGCGCGGUGCGACUCGACGGCGCGGCUUCUGAGGGGACGGGCGACCUGAGUGGAGAGCCCGCACGCCUCCCCGGAGGGGCUGUGUGCUUCGGGAAUCUUGGUCCCGACGUUUCCGCUGGCAAGGAGAGUUCUCGGCUCGCCCCGCCGCCGGUGCAAAUCCCUCUCUUGCCCUCUUGGUCUCCUCUGGUUUCUCACAGACCGCUCUCGUCCCCGUCACCUUCGUGCUCUUCUUCCUCGCCCUCGUUCGCCUCCUGUUCACCUUCUCUCUCCGCGUUAACUUCCUUCUCGCGUCUCUCGACCGCUUCCCAGGCGUGCCUCUCGGCGGGCUCUUCCGCCAGCCGGUCCUGCCACGCGGCCUCGCCGCCAGCCUGUUCUCCCUCGGCGUCUCUCCCUCCUGGCUGCGCGUCGCCUCUCUCGCCGCCCUCCGCCGCAUAUGCUCUCCCGUUGCUUCCCGUAGGCGGCCGCAGGGUGUCGAAGGCGGAGGAGAUGCGAGGGCGAGAAGUCGAGCCGCGUGGAGGCCCCCUGAGCAGGCGAGAGGAAGCCGUCCCCGGAGAGUGCGUGCGCGAAGCCGGGGUAGGGUUUGAAGCCGAGAAGUGCGCACCUGGCUGGGGUGUCCCCGAGAAAUCGGGACGCGACAAACACGCGGCUCUCCGUCACAGCCGCUCCCGCGCACAUACAGACAGCCCUGGGAAAGGCGACGUUAAUGCGCCUCUCCGGCUCAAAAACGAAGACCCGACAAAUCCGCAGGUCGAUGGCGACGGGGAAGCAGCCUGUUCCGGCGUUGUGCCGGGGCCUUGUCCUCCCUGGAAAUCUCUCUCGCCUUGCAACGCAUUUCUCAUGUCUUCGGGAGCGCCUCCCGUGAGUUUGCUCUGUCUCUCCACUGCACCCUCGCCGCCUCCACUCUCUCCACCCUUCCUAAAUUCCGGCGAGGCUGACGAGGCCGCUCUGUUAUCUCCCUCGACGCUGCCUCCGUACCCUCCGCAGAUUCUUGCGGGUGCACUCUCGCUCGGUGUCUCCCCAGGCCACCCGUACCCCUUUGCCUAUCCGUCUUCUCCGGCGUAUCCCUCUGCGCCGCCCGCCUGUGCGCCCUUCUCGCUGCCGUCUCUCCUCUCGUCCUACCUUCCUCCCUCUCACCCGCAGUCCUUCUCGCUGUGUCAGAACGAGCCUAACUUUUCUUCCCUGACCUCGUCUCUGUCCUCCGCCUCGCUCUCUUCUCUCCCUCCCCACUUCUUCUUCCCUCCGUCCACCGGACCGCCGUUCUACGGUUGCCCCGCACUCGCGGGGCAACCGUACCCCACCCAGGCCCCGCCGGCCUUCUUGCACUCUCUUCCGAAAGAAGCUGCGAGCGCGCCGCCGGCGCCGCCAGAGUUCCCUCCGGAACCUCUAUCGUCUCCUUUCCUCAACGAGUUCCCCCCCGACGGCUGUGCACACGCGGAAGACGCGUUCGCUGGCGGCGCUCGCGGCCCGGCGAGUUCUUCGCCAAGACCAGGCGCUUCGCUCGGAGAAACAGACGCAUCUCCGGCCGGAGAGGGGGAGAGAGAACCGUCUGCUUCUGCUUCGUCCUUGGCGCCUCCACUGCACCGUUCCUCGCUGCGUCUUCCGAGCCUCCUCGUCUCCCAAGGCCCCGCGGAGGGCGGGGCUGAAGACUGCCACCCCGGGAGCGCGCGAAAGACAGACUUCUGGGGGCCAGAAUCCAAGGACGCGUGCAACGCGGGGCGUUCUUCCGGUGUACAUACACCCCAGCUGUCUAUGGAUCGCCGCGAAGGCGAGAGAGACAGGUCGCACCCUCCCACAGGGAUGCGUUUGCCCGCGAAGGCGCUGCCCAGGAAACGCGCUUCCUGGUGCACGGCAGAGCCCGAGAGAUGUUUGCUCUCCCAGACCGAGCGGGAAGGACGAGACAAAGAACGGAAUUGCGCUCCAGCGGCCUCGGCGAGGACUGGGGACGGAAACGCCUCGUUCGACCAGGCCGGACAGGCCGACGCGCGGAGCCUCCGAGGAGACACUGCAGACUUUCACAGGGCGCAAGUGCUUGGGGAGGAAGAGACAAGCAGGGUGUCUGGACAGCUCGAGAAACUACCGAAUGGCAUUCACCUGGCGACGGCCAGAGAAGAGCAGUCAGCGAGAGACGAAGCGAACUGCUUUCGCUUCGAAGACCGGCCGACACGGCAGGGAGAUUUCCACGGCGAUGAAAAAGUCUGUUCUCCCGUCCCUCAACCGGACCUGUCCUAUUUGGACAUGAUCUCCGUGCUCCGACUUCAACAGCCUCACAUGCCUCAGAUUCUGCAGUGCUUCGCCCCCGUUCAGUACGAAGACUAG